CGGGGGUUGUUUAUUAUUAUCAUAAGCCAACUGACGGUAUGGCGAAGACGUCUUGCGUCAUCGUGACGCAACCCGGAAUCAGGAAGUGUAAAAAGACGUGCGACUUGUGUACGACUCCAUCUUUGUAAGCGGCGGCCAUUCAAAGUCAAGUUUCAGUGGGCAAAUACGGAGAGAGCACUCCUCCAAAAGUGUCAACUCCCUCAUCGCACACCUCAAGCUGUUGUGCACUCCUCUCCUAAGGUCAUCUCAUCCUCUUCUCUUUCUCGUGGCAGGAUUACCAUUCUGUUCAUUAUCAACGCCCAAACUCGCACACUGACAGCGGGAACAAAGCAGGGAGGAUCUUUAUGGAGCCCCAAAGGCCAUCAGGCUACUAACAAGUGGAGUUCUGUCAGGAAUACUGUGGAGUGAUUGGCAGGCUGGUGAAUGCAAGAUGUUUCCGUGGUCAGCCGUAUUCUCUCUGGAACCCAAAGUGCCAGGCCAGCGCACCAGUGAGGAGUUGGUCACCAACACGCUGAUGCUGGAGCUGGGCGCCAUGGUCAAGCGUACCGAGCGCAUCCGCCUGGAACGGGCCGCGGAGGGCCAGCGCCGCCGCCGGAGUAGUAGUUGUAGUUCUUCCUCCACGGCAAACUACAGCUGGUUGGCCAACGCGCCCAACUCGCAACCCUACCAGCUGAUGCCCAAUGACCUGCUGGAGCUGCAGGAGCUCUGCGCCAAGGUGCCACCCAGCCAGUGCGGCCCUGUCAUUGUCAGGUUCAGGAGGCUGGUGUCUCAGAUGGAACCGGAGGUCUACGAGGUCCCGCGUCUGUUUCGCUCGGUGCUCCGCGACUGCCUGGAGGAGAUGACAGGAGGUGUGCAACACAGCAUGCUGAUGAAGCAGGAGCGCAGCAAGAGCCUCUCCUUCGUCACAUUCCGCAGCAAGUUCCGAACGGGCUACUUCUUCGGGGGAAGCGGCCCCAGGGGGUCCAGGGGCGACCUGGAGCAGCAGGUGGAUUGGUCGGAUGAGGAGGGGGCAGAGGAGGACGACGACGGAGGAGAAGGAGAGGAAGAGGCCAUCAGGGCCCGCAUCAGGAAAGGGAGGAGCAGGAGCAUGCCGGACAUCACACCUUUGGAGCAAAGUGCACACGGAUGAACGAGAUGAGGAGGAGGAGGAAGAGGUGGUGCUAUAGGAUGGAGGAGGGUAGGGCCAGAGAAUUUUACAGUAAAUGCAUGAGUUUAUGUACUGUAUAUUGAACUCUAGACAUUUGUGAGGAAAUAGACAUACUGACUGUACUAUUUGAAUAAAGACUGCAUGUUUUAUA